CUUUCUUCUCUCACCCUGGACAACCCAGAAGCUCAUUGAGUCGUUGCCACGUUCCCGUCAAGAGCACCCAGGGAAGGAAGCAGGGAGUGGGAGAGGAGGUGGAGAAAAGGUAGCGAGGUGGGUCCCCUUUCUUCAGCUCUUGAAAUUUUGACCUUUUUUAUUGGCAUUUGGUCGCCGUCAGGCUGGCAGCUUCGGGUUUAUCUGCCUAGACUUUCUUGAGAUCUUGGUUCCUCUCUAAAGUUUCCAUUUUGGCGUGAAUUUUCUGAAAAAGGUGGGAUCUUGGGGAAUUGUCCGGCAAAAAGUUGAGAUUUUUGGGGUGAAGUGUUCGCCAUCUUGCGUCUUGGAAUGUGGUACUGAGUUUUUGUUGGAAGAUUUGGGUUGUAGUUUUCAGCUUUGGGUUCUUGAAAUCCGGGAUUUUGGAGUUACAGUCAGGGAAAAGAACAGGUGGAAGUUUGAGAUCCCAAUAGAAAGUUUGAUUUCAUCAAAUUUAGGAGAUUUAUCUGUUGUCGACUGGUCCUUUCUGGGAAAAAGUGAGGGUUUUUUAGGGGGGCUUUUAGAUUUUUUUGAUUUUUCCACCGAUUUGGAUUAUAUUUACAAAGAAAGGUGUAUUUAGAAGUUCGAUUCGGUGCCAUAAAAUGUCGAGGAUCUGUGGGUGCUUCUGAUCUUGAGAUCUUGUGAAAAGGGAGGGAGCUUUGGAGUUUCUUUGUUUGUAAAAUGAGAGAAUUUUGAUUUGGGCCAUGGUGUCUUGAGUUCUUUAAAAGGGUUUAUGGAUCCCUUGGGAUCUUAGUUCAAGGGGAGGAAGGAGGGGCUGAAACUUGGUGGAAUUAUGGCUUCCAUUCCUCCACUUUCUCCAUCAGUGCUCCCACCAUUUACAUCUGCCUCUGCUCCACCACCACCUUCUUCCACUUCUCCUCCUUCCGCUAGUUCUCCACCACCCAAAACUCUACCUGAUGCCACCUCUGAUCCACCGACAUCAUCGAAUGCGCCGCCUCCGCCUACUUCCCCUCUCACCGGUUCCACUGCCCCUCCCCCUUCCCCGCCUCCAUCUAUUCCAUCUUCCCCACCACCACCUUCAUCCUCACCAUCCCCACCCGCUUCCCCUCCAACCAUCUCCACUUCUCCGCCGCCACCGAUAGUGUCGUCGCCUCCACCUUCUGCUUCUCCCUCACCUCCAAAAUUAUCUCCUCCGCCACCACAAAUAGUGUCGUCGCCUUCACCUACUUCUCCCUCACCUCCAACAUUAUCUCCGCCGCCGCCUCCUGCACCUUCCCCUCCACAAACUUCCGUGCCCUCAUCACCUCCACAAACUCCUAAUUCACCUCCACCAUCUUCCCCCUCCCCGCCACCAUCAGAUUUAUCUCCACCACCAUCAUCGGGUAAACCACCCAAGAAUUCACCUCCUCCUUCUGAUCCAUCAGCACCACCACCGAAAAGCCCGCCACCUUCCACUCCUUCUACCCCUUCUCCUCCUCCUAACAAUUCAAGUGGUGCAAUUCCAUCUGCCCCAGCUUCACCCUCCAUUCCUGCUCCUGCUGGUCGUCUACCCUUACCCUCUCCCACCACUCCAGAGAAUCCAGCCGCUCCAAUUAUCCCAAGUCCCAACAAGUCAUCCAAUCCGAGUUCAGAUUUAUCAAAUGGGGGCGGCAGCUCCGGAGGAGGUGGUGGGAUUAAGGCCAGUACUGCAAUACCUAUUGCUGUGGUAUCAGCUAUUGUGAUGCUUAGUUUAGUAGGAGUAGCUUUGUGGUUCAUGAGGAAGCGUAAAAAGCGGGAUGGUGGAUAUAAUUCAGGCCUUUUCCUACCCUCACAGUUUGCAUCUUCACAAAUGUCAGAUUCAUCCUAUCCAAGAUCCCCAUCAGCUCCUCUAGUAUCUCACCAUAGUACUGGAAGUCAAGGAGUGUACAUGAAUUCACCAUCUGAAGCAGGGUUGGGCAAUUCAAAAUCAUGGUUCACAUAUAAAGAACUAUAUGAGAUAACCAAUGGCUUCUCAAGUCAGAAUAUUUUAGGCGAGGGUGGAUUUGGUUGUGUUUACAAAGGAUGCUUACCAGAUGGAAGAGAAGUGGCUGUGAAACAACUCAAAGUUGGUGGGGGACAGGGUGAGCGUGAGUUCAAGGCUGAAGUUGAGAUUAUCAGCCGCGUGCACCACCGCCAUUUGGUUUCACUUGUAGGGUACUGCAUCGCAGAGAACCAAAGAUUACUUGUCUAUGAUUAUGUGCCUAACAAUACACUUCAUUAUCAUCUUCAUGGGGAAGGAAGGCCAGUUGUGGAUUGGGCAACCAGGGUUAAGGUUGCAGCUGGUGCAGCUCGUGGAAUAGCAUACCUGCAUGAAGAUUGCCAUCCACGAAUAAUUCAUAGAGAUAUAAAGUCCUCGAAUAUUCUAUUGGAUAACAACUUUGAAGCUCAGGUUUCUGACUUUGGGCUUGCAAGGUUAGCUCUGGACGCUUGUACACAUGUUACUACACGUGUAAUGGGAACAUUUGGAUAUUUGGCUCCAGAGUAUGCAUCAUCUGGCAAGUUGACUGAGAAAUCUGAUGUUUAUUCUUUUGGGGUUGUGCUCCUUGAGCUUAUUACUGGACGAAAGCCUGUUGAUUCAUCACAGCCCUUGGGUGAUGAGAGCCUUGUUGAGUGGGCACGACCGUUGCUUAGCCAUGCACUUGAAACGGGAGAGUUUGAAGAAUUAUCCGAUCCUAGGCUUGGAAAUAACUAUAACCAAAUUGAGAUGUUUCGUAUGAUUGAAGCAGCAGCAGCAUGUGUCCGUCAUUCGGCAGCAAUGAGGCCUCGAAUGAGUAAGGUGGUGAGAGUUCUUGAUAGCUUAGCCGACAUUGACCUUAGCAAUGGUCUGAAACCGGGUCAAAGCGAACUCUUCAAUGCGCCACAAUCAUCAGAAAUCAGACUAUUUCGGCGGAUGGCAUUUGGAAGCCCGGAUUACAGCACUGAUUUCAGCCAAACUAGUUUCAGCCAAGCUAGUUGGAAGAGUCGAUCGGAGUUGUAAAUAGGUUACUCUUUGGCCUUCACGGUGUGACCUUUUUCCCCCCUUUUCUCUUUUUGUGUAGUUAUUCUUUUAUACAGAAACGGAGAUGGAUGCCUUAUGGAUUUGUUCCCUAUUCUUUCUAUAGUGAAACGAAUUUUUGGGUUUUGAAUUUUUCAUACAGCCAGGCACUAUUAAUGAUUCUAUAUGUAAUUUGUUCUCCUUCAAUU